GCGAAGGCUCCCAAAAUUCCAUCUCUUCGCUGCAGUCCGAAAGGCACCAUUCACCCAGUGACAGCACGCACGGAACGUUGAGAUGUUCGAGGCCUGAUUGACUGGUAGUGCCAUCGCAUCCCGUUUCCACGACGACGAAAGCUUGGCAACAACAGGCGCCCCCCUGGCCCUCGCUCGCCAUUUAUCAAACACACGUCAAAUCUUACCGCUACACCCCUCUCGCCGCAGAAAACCGCCUUUCAGAGAAUCCACCUUCAUUCACGCAUUCGCCUUUGUACGACUCCCGAGCAGAACAAUUCAUUAUGGCCUCCACCAACUACCGCGAAGCUUUCCAGCUCUUCGACAAGCGCGGCAACGGCCGCGUCGACCGCGCGGCCCUCGGCGACCUGCUGCGUGCCUGCGGGCAGAACCCGACGCUCGCUGAGAUUGCGGACCUGGAGCGCGGUGUUGGCGCAGACUUCGACUUUGACACCUUCAGCAAGAUCCUCAACCGCCCGGGCGGCUUCCGCGAGCCCUUCGACAUCGAGGAGUACAUCCGCGGCUUCCAGGUCUUCGACAAGGACCGCUCCGGCUUCGUCGGAAAGGGCCAGAUCAAGUACAUCCUGACGAACCUUGGCGAGAAGAUGAGCGAGGAGGAGGUCGAGGAGCUUUUUAAGAGCACCAUCGAUACUGGAAACAACGAGGUCGACUACAGGGAGUUUGUCAAGACCAUUGCGGAGAACUAAACGGCCGUUGGGAAGGGAGCGAGGAGCGGGGAGGCACGGGGUUUCAGUUCGAAUGAUGGGAUGUACAUUUUGAUUGACGAGGCCUUCACGAUUGAAUGAGUAGGGGGCCUCGAUGCAUGCGGCUCGGCACUGGCGUUGGCGUGUAGGAUUUGGACAGG